CGUACGGUGCAUCUCUGAAGCUAUUAACCUCUGAUGCAUUGCAAAGUUUCUCUUUCUUUCUCUCUCUGCACCGCCUCCUUCCAAUUGUUUCCAUGGUUUUUCUCAAUCUCAUCUUUCUGGUGUUGCUUCUGAGUAAGGUCCAGAGUAUGCAUGAGUUCGUUGCUAGAUAAAGCGCGGUUAAUGAUGAAUAUACAUUGCCUUGGAAGGAACCUUGUAACUGCUUCUUCAUCCUUGCAUCAUGUACAACUUCCGGGGCAAAAGGAAGCUCAUUUUUGGUAUGUUUUACCUGAUGAGAUAAAGGACACAAACCUACUAAACCAAUAUUUCGAAAUUCUAUCGCCUUCUGAAAAAGAAAAUGUAUUUCGUAUGAGUGGGGAACGGCUAAAGAAAAGAGCGAUCCUAGCUCGUGCAUUGGUUCGCACCACACUAGCAAGAUAUCAGACAAAUUGUCAGAUUGAUCCAAAAGCUUUGAGGUUUAAGAAGAACAGUUAUGGGAAGCCUGAGGUGGAUUGGCAAUAUACUGAAGAUUGGAGCCUACCACAACUUCAUUUUAAUCUCUCACAUACUUCAUCUUUGAUUGCUUGUGGAGUAACUGUGGGAUCUCCGAUUGGUAUUGAUGUGGAAGAAAAACAAAGGAGAUUGAAGAAUGACGUUUUGGCAUUUGCAAGACGAUACUUUUCUCCCGAUGAAAUAGAAAUGCUGACUCAGAUUGCAGACCCUGAACUUCGGCGUCUGGAGUUAAUCAAGUUAUGGACUCUGAAGGAAGCAUAUGUAAAAGCUGUAGGGAAGGGCUUCUCAAAUUCGCCUUUUAAUACUUUUACAGUUCGAUUAGGACACCGUACGAAAACCGGCAUCCAUCUUCGACCUCCUGUGAUGUCAAAGGCGCAGGAAAUUACCGUCGAGCCUCCUGAUGAGUCGAAGAAUGUCUCAGGCAAUUGGCAGUUUGUACUCCUUGAGUUAGAUGGUUCACAUUAUGCUGCCAUUUGUAUAGAACAAGAAAGCACCAAUAGAGGAAAAGGAAGCAUUCCUGUGAAUCUGAAGCUAAGGAAAACAAUCCCAUUUGUUGAAGAUGAAUGUAUUUUAGGAACUGAGAAAGCUGUAGUAAUUAGUGGUUUGACUACACUAUUAGAGUGUGAAUGAUUAUUUUUGUAAUCAAAUGGAAGUUUUGGCAAUGGCUUUAAAUUUUGCCUUCCUUUAGAAUUUGGAAUUAAUGGACAAAACAAACAAAACAAAAAAGGUCUAUGAAAAA